AUGUUCUCUACUAAAUUGGCUGUUCUCCUCGUCGUCGUUGGUCUUGUCAUGGCCGCUCCACAAGGUGGACAAGCAGGACAACAAGGAGGAUCUCAGGGAGGAUUCGGAGGAAACAACUCGAGCUCGAGCAGCGGAAACGGAGGUGGACAGAGCGGACAGCAGGGAGGAUCUCAGGGAGGAUUCGGUGGAAACAACUCGAGCUCCGGAGGACAGAGCGGAUUCGGAGGACAGGGAGGUCAGCAGGGAGGAUUCGGAGGUCAGAGCAAGUAA